AUGGCUCUCAAAAUGGAUUACAAUGCGCUCAAAGCCCGCACCAUGGGGUCCGGCGCGGAUGAGGAGGCUGUCACGGUGGAUACUCGAGGUCUCAUCUCCAAAGUUCUUGCUCGAUAUUCUGGAAAAUGGACUGUACUUCGAGAAAUGAUUCAAAAUGCCGCCGAUGCUUCCGCAACCAAAGUGACUAUCAAAUUCGAAACUCUGCCUUCUACGACAGUUCCGUCCCCCUCAUCAACAGAUCCCACAGCUCUCCUCAAGCACACGAUAUCAAACCAUACACUUCGACGUUUAUUGAUAUCAAACAACGGCUCUCCAUUUAGUGAGAAGGACUGGGCCCGGUUGAAGCGCAUUGCCGACGGAAAUCCGGACGAGACAAAGAUCGGAGCAUUUGGUGUUGGAUUCUACAGUGUUUUCGACGAUUGUGAAGAGCCAUUUGUUUCAUCUGGCAAUCACGCGAUGGCUUUUUAUUGGAAGGGCAACGCCUUAUUCACGCGUCGCCUUGACACGGGUGACACGCCGUCAGCAGACACCACUUUCGUACUGGAUUACCGCAAUGACUCUUCUCCAGUCCCACAGCUGAUGCAGCUGUGCCAAUUUUUGUCAUGUAGCUUAACCUUCGUGGCUUUAGAAGAGAUUGAACUGUGGCUGGACGACUGGAAUCUGCUGAAGCUUUCAAAGAAAACCGCGCCUGGCGUCAUUGUGCCGAUCCCCAGAGACAUUGAAACAAGAACCACCGACGGGCUCAUGAAAGUCACUACCAUAAUCCAGGAGAUUGCUCAAGUCGAUGCCGCUUGGAUGCGCAUUGUCGAGUGGAAUCCCAAUGCCAGCAUGUUCCGCCUGGACAACCUGCGUGAUACUACAAGCUCUCUGCGCAGCUUCUUUUCCAAGUUCACCAGUCAGGCCGGACCCGAAAAGCAGAUUCAAGCCCCCAAAGCAGACCGUGCCGACGAGACAGAAAGUAUGACUGUAAUGUUGAGGGCGACUGUGUUUCUACACAUCAACACCGCGUCAAUUCAACCCUCAAUCAGCACGUCGCUUAGCAAAGAGUUAGAACGAGCUACUCGAAAGCCGCCCCCGAAGAGGGCAACCAUCGCCAUAUUGACACCAUCCUAUGAUGCCAAUAUCGCAACUGGCGGGUCAGAAUCGCAAUCUGACAUUCUGGCAUCAAUCCUCCCAACUAAAGCUGGGAGAAUAUUCAUUGGGUUCCCUACGCAACAAACAACGGGCCUCAACGCUCAUGUAUCUGCGCCGUCCGUGAUUCCAACCGUGGAACGUGAAAGUAUUGAUCUCAAUACCCGCUAUAUUAGCAAGUGGAAUAUUGAAAUGCUAAGAGCAGUGGGUAUCGUCUGCCGAAUCGCAUGGUCGACAGAAAUGAGCACAAUCAAGCAGAAAAUUGCUGCUACAGUUGGAUCGACGCGCACGUCCAGUAUUCGAAAGGAGGAUAUCAUUGACGUUCUUCCGGAAGCGAUUCAUACCGCCAACCAAUUUGUUUUCCGCGAAUCAACACCCUCCUCCAUGCUGGGACAGACGAUAGAGGAUGCCUUCUGGAUGUGUAACAAAAACGCCUCCAUUGAGAUACUUUCAACAUGCGGUGUGAUCCCGAGUCACCAGACUCGCAUCGCACCUAAAGAUCUUAGCUUCAUGGAUUCCAUUCCAGCUUUGCCGAACGAAUUGGUGCUAGAGGCCAAAGACUUUGUGCAAAAAUUGACAGACUUCGGGCUUGUGACAGAGAUAACUGUCUCUGACAUCAAACGCGAACUGGAGUCUCAUACUUUGCGACCUAGCCAGAUCUCAGAAUUCCUAUCCUGGCUAGGCCAUAAAGCCGUUAAUGGACAACUUGACGAGCUUUCGGUGAAGAGCCUGUUGCGAGUCGCUGUCGCCAACGAUGAGGACAAAGACGGCAACCCUACGCGACUCAUCGUUUUUGCCGACAUCGCAGGAUUUUUGAAUCCUCACAGGAUACCGGCUGAUCUGCCGGUCCCCCCCGCGGUGAUGCCCUUCAAAUUCACAAAAUCGCAGAGCAAAGCAGAAUUGGAGGCUUUCGGUUGGGGCGAGCUGCAGAUAGUACCGUGGACCCGAUGGCUUGUAACCAAUGCAAACGACGAGAGCUUGUUGACUCAUGAGCAAAACAUUCUGAAGAGUCCCGCAUUCGCUGGGCAAGUGCUUCCGGUCUUGUCCAAGGUCUGGGAAACCCUGAGUUCAGCCUCGCGGCAAGCAAUUGUUGAGAUUUUACAGCCCAAGACUGUGAUUCCGACAAGGUUCGGGAUGAAGCAGCCAACACAGACAUAUUUCGCCUCUGUCAGGCUGUUCGACGAUUUACCCGUCGUGCAUGGUCUGAAUGGCGUCAAAGAGAAAUUCCUCGUCUCCUUGGGCGUUCGCAAGACUGUCGAAUUGGGCGUUAUUUUCGACAGGCUCAUCAAUUCUCCGGAUUCCACCGAUGUCAAAGGCCCACCGACUAGACGAUGGAACCAUGUGGACCUGAUCCGCUAUCUGGCAUCUGUUCGUGAGGAUAUUCCAGCCAACGACAUCCAGAGACUCAAAAAUACAAGCACUUGCACUGCAGAAAAUGACUCCCAAAGCCAUGGCACCCGGUAUAAGAUCGCUGAACUUUAUGAGCCAAAAGAUUCACUCCGCGCCCUGGGACUGCCCAUCAUUGAGUGGCCUGGGAUUUACAACAAUGCUAGUAAUGAAGGCAAGUUUUUGAGCAUGAUGGGCUUGAAGAGUUACCCGACAGGUUCAGAACUUGUUCGACUCAUGGUCAUGAGUGAUUCAGAAAAAGAUGUGACACGGAAAAACAAAGCCCUGAUCUACUUUCUGAAUGAAUACCACACCAACGGGUAUGCCGCAUUUGAUAUUGGCGCUGUCACAGUACCCUUCCUUCCCGUGGAAGGCGCAGACAAAUUAAGUACACCGAAAAGAUGUUUCACCGAUGAAGGUGCCUCCUUGUUCGGGCUCGAUAUCCUGCAGAGGCGUCUCCACCCUCAUGCUUCUAAAUUGGGUGUGAAGGCCCACCCCCCAUUGUCCGAAUGCUUGCAGAUCCUCAUCCGUCAGCCCCCUUCCACACAACGAGAUGCGCGAAGCAUGUUCAAGUACCUGGCUAGCAGAGUCUCGGACUUGAGCUCACAAGAUAUUGAGCGGGUCGGCAAUGCCCCAGUUAUUCCUGUUACCGCAAGCGGUGCAUCCGAGGAAGGGCCCCGAGUUCGAUUUGUCGCACCCAGGCUCUGCUACCUGGGUGACGGUGAAGACUACAAGGACAUAUUCGACUUUGUUGAUUUUGGACAAGAAGCAAAUCUCUUCCUCAUGGCAGUUGGUUCAAGGAGGGAACCCACUAAAAAUGAGAUAGCUCGCAUGCUAGUCCGAGAGCCCGCUCGUAUUUCGGCAACCUUCCAAAGCUCUGACAAAUAUUUGAUGCUUCUGCGAACAUUGGCGGAGCACCUCCCCGUGCUCAAGAAAGACCGAGAGCUGUUCAGCGAAAUGAAGCGAGCCAAGUUUCUUCUAGCCAGCCGAGAUAUUCCUGCCCAGGCGACAACGCAAACUGGUAAAAGCCCGUCAAAUGACAAAAGCAUGGACGCAGAGGAAGAUCUGGACAUUCGGGAGUGGAGUCUGGCUGCGGCGAAAGAACUUGUUGUCGUGGAUGAUUUCCAGAGCUUCAAUCUGUUCAAAGAGCACAUUCUGGCUGCGCCACAGGAGGAGGCAUUGGAAAAUUUCUAUUCAGCACUGGGCGCUGUGCCACUGAGCAGUCUAGUUGAAGAGCAAACGCGGUUCGGGAGUGUUGCGGCCGAUCAAAGUUCUGGUGCCAGACUGCACAAACUCAUUCUGGAGCGGGCCCGACUGUUCUUGCAUGACCAACCGGCCGAUUCAAUUCAGCACGGGGCAAGAUGGCUAGAGACUAGCUUCGUCGUCCAAGUUGUCAACUCAAUGACGUUGACUCGUUCCUUGACGGGCCGCAGGGCGUCCCAUACUCAAAAAAGAAGUGCGAUUGUUGCGCGCUUGUCCACUGGAUGGGGUCUGUGUAUUUGUCCAGGUGAAUAUGAAAUUUACGAGAUCAGCCAGUCUCUUGUGCAUCUGAUACUCAAACGCCCCAAGCUUCACUCUACUCUGACGCUGGAGAUGAUGCUCAAGACUGAUCUCUUGGAGCUCCGUGCUCGUGGUUACAAUGUGGAGCGUAUUUUGAGACAGAAAGCUCACGAGGCUCGAAUGGCUGAAGAUAAGCGACAGAAACAGCUCGAAGAGGAAAGACAGGCUCUCAAGGCGAAGGAAGCCGCUUGGGCUGAGGCUCAGGCUCAGCGUUCCCAAGAGCAGCAUCCCACCCAACAGCCCGUUCAACAGUCACAAAGCCCAAUGCCAGGCGUGUUUCCUGAAUCACCGAAGAGCAAGUCAACCGCGAUAGACAAGCACAGCGAGCCUGCCGAACCCUCUGUGCCCGAAAGGGCCCCCCGUGGCUUAUUUGCGAAUUUGACAAAGCGCUUUGGACUAGAUAAAAACCCCUCGUCUUCAACAUCGGAGCAGUCACGAUCGCUACUCAAUGAGAGCAACGUAUCUUCACAGCCGCCUCCUCCGUACUCUGCCUCGGACCCACAAAACAAGCGACCUGAACAGACCGCCUCGGUUAGUUCGCCUCAUCGAUUGAACCAAGAACUCCUCUCCGCCGUUCAAGCAUGCCGACCCCACGGGUCGUCCGACGUGUACAGCCGACCCGAGACGAACCAGAUCUCAGAAAGCAAAUCGUACUGUGAUGAGAGACCAAGCCAUGAUCUUGAAUUUGUUGCGACUCUUCCCAGUGGUGUGAACGUGCUGUUCGUGAGAACCGUCACAGAUCGGUCGGCCUUCCUCGCCACCAACCGCAACGGUAUCAAUCUUUUUGCAUCGGUUCUCCUAGACUGUGGUUCUAUCUUCGCUAUGCGGGCAGACAGUUUGAGCAUUUUCUACGACCCCGGUGGCAAGACCAUUGCUUUUAAUCGCGCUGGUAGCAUCUUCUGCAAUUACUUUUAUUUCCAGCAACUCCAGGAGCAGGCAUUGCUUCAGAGCGCCAAACCUGACCGGACCGACGCGAUCGUCUACUGGUGGGUAAUUCUGUGCCAUGAAUUGGCUCAUAACCUCGUGGGCGAUCAUAGCUCUGCACACAGCUACUAUACCGAGGGCUUUGUGGCUCAAUAUUUCCCCAAAGUCGCUGCAAAGCUCGCCACACUACCGCAGCCACGGCAGCAGUGA